CUCGAGAUGAGAAAACGACUUUCGGUCCAACUACCUAUCCAAAUGCAUCGCCGCAUCCGCAUCCGCAACGCUGUAACACCUUUCUGCGUUUCUAUAGAGCACCAAUUCCCACCGAUUCUAGCACAACCGUUCCGACGCCUCCAGCAUCUAGUCUUCGGUCUCACAGACGACGAAUGGAACACCCUUAGCACGUACUUUGCACACUUCGAGGAUCUAGGAGUGACGGUGCAGCUGAAGCCCUGGCUCGAAGCGGAAUCACAGCGGUUGAAAGGCAUCUUGAUGGACGAAAUGAGCCGAGGGGUGCAGCCUACGCCGGGGCUUGUGUACCAAUACACCGAUAUCCUACACCAGAGAACGAUGAACCAUGAAGCAUCUAGACUCGCCUUCUAUAAGUGGAAGGCAACGGCAGCCGGUCUCGAGGGUACAGCGGCAUCCCGUGGUCUCAGAACGAAUCGCAAAUUGGUAUAUUGGUGGUGGGCGCGUUGGCUAAACAAGCAGUGCGCUCAGGCUGGAGGGUGCUGUGGAAGGGCUUGUAAGUGUUGUAUCAGGGACAAUGCACGAGACCUUGACUUUGAAACUUGGGGUGGUCACUGCACACCGGCUUGCCCUUGUUGUCUACACCAUCUCGGCGUCGACAGGGCAAUUGAGCAGCUGGGGAGCGGUAGAGAACCACGCUUUGACUCGCGGGAGAUGCGAAAAACCCGAUUCAACCGCAAGAUGUUGAAUGCCUAUGCGUUUGGCUUGUGGUAGAGCUUUUUGACAAUUGAAAUCAAAGGCCCUUGGUGCAGU